GGCGCAGCGAGGCCGGCGGGGCGGCCGGAGGAUGCGGGCGGGGCGGGCGCGCUGCCGUUCCCGGGUCGGGCAGCUAGAGAGCAGUGCAGGGAGCGCCAGCCCGAGCCCGCAGCUCCCUUCCUGUGGGCAAGGCCGACAGCGGAGCCGAGCGCCGGCCGAGGAGGCCCGGCCCGGCCGCCCCCGCUCCGCUCGCCCAUGGCGGAGACCAAGAUCAUCUACCACAUCGACGAGGAGGAGACGCCGUACCUGGUGAAGCUGCCCGUGCCGCCGGAGAAAGUCACGCUGGCCGAUUUCAAAAAUGUCCUCAGCAACCGGCCCGUGCACAGCUACAAGUUCUUCUUCAAGUCCAUGGACCAGGAUUUCGGGGUGGUGAAGGAAGAGAUCUCAGAUGACAAUGCAAAGCUCCCUUGCUUCAAUGGAAGAGUGGUGUCCUGGCUGGUCCUGGCUGAGAGCUCCCACUCUGACACGGGCUCCCAGUGCACCGAGAGCCACGUGGAGCUUCCCCCAGCCCUGGAGAGGACAGGAGGCAUCGGAGACUCCCGGCCCCCCUCCUUCCACCCCAACGCCGGCAGCAGCAGGGACGGCCUGGACAACGAGACGGGAACCGAGUCCGUCAUCAGCCACCGGCGCGAGCGGCACCGGCGCCGCAACCGCGAGGGCCACGAGGACGCCCCCAGGAUCAACGGGCACCCCAAGCUGGACAGGCACCGGGAGCACCCCCCUGGCUACGACAGCUCCUCCACCAUGCUGAGCAGCGAGCUGGAGUCCAGCAGCUUCAUCGACUCCGAGGACGACGACAACACCAGCAGGUUGAGCAGCUCCACGGAGCAGAGCACCUCGUCCCGGCUCAUCCGCAAGCACAAGCGCCGGAGGAGGAAACAGAGGAUGCGGCAGAUUGACAGGUCGUCCUCGUUCAGCAGCAUCACUGACUCCACCAUGUCUCUAAACAUCAUCACUGUCACACUCAACAUGGAAAAGUACAACUUCCUGGGAAUCAGCAUUGUGGGGCAGAGCAAUGACCGGGGUGAUGGUGGCAUCUACAUCGGCUCCAUCAUGAAAGGAGGGGCGGUGGCAGCGGACGGGCGCAUCGAGCCGGGGGACAUGCUGCUGCAGGUGAAUGAUGUCAAUUUUGAGAACAUGAGCAAUGACGAUGCCGUUCGGGUUCUACGGGAAAUCGUCUCCAAGCCAGGACCUAUCAGCCUAACAGUAGCCAAAUGCUGGGACCCUACUCCCAGGAGUUAUUUCACCAUCCCCAGGGCUGAGCCGGUGCGGCCGAUCGACCCCGCGGCGUGGAUCUCUCAUACCACGGCCAUGACGGGAGCGUACCCCCGUUACGGUAUGAGCCCCUCCAUGAGCAUCACCACAUCUACCAGCUCCUCACUAACAAGCUCAAUUCCCGAGUCGGAAAAAUUAGAAGAAUCUCCCCUAACUGUGAAGAGUGACAUGGCUACUAUUGUCAAGGUCAUGCAGCUGCCAGACUCAGGCCUUGAAAUUCGGGACAGGAUGUGGUUAAAAAUCACCAUCUCCAACGCAGUGAUAGGAGCAGAUGUGGUGGACUGGCUUUACACACACGUGGAAGGCUUCAAGGACCGCCGGGAGGCCAGGAAAUAUGCCAGCAGCAUGCUGAAACACGGCUACCUCAGGCACACUGUGAACAAAAUCACCUUCUCAGAGCAGUGCUACUACGUCUUCGGAGACCUCUGUGGCAAUCUGGCUGCACUGAAUCUCAACAACGGUUCCAGCGGCGCCUCGGACCAGGACACGCUGGCUCCCCUGCCACACCCUGCUGCUCCCUGGCCCUUGGGCCAAGGAUAUCCCUACCAGUAUCCUCUGCCCCCUCCUUGUUUCCCACCAGCCUACCAAGACCCAGGCUUUAGCUAUGGCAGUGGCAGUGCAGGCAGCCAGCAGAGUGAAGGGAGCAAAAGCAGCGGCUCCAACCGGAGCACCAGCGAGACCAGCAGGAGGGCAGCGGGCAGGGAGAAGGAGCGCAAGUCCGGGGGCAGCGGCAGCGAGUCGGAGCCCGGCGCGCGGCGCGAGCGGCCGCUCAGCCAGCUCAGCCAGCGCUCGGCCAGCGACAGGAGCCACCAGAGCCACCACUCCUACGGGCCCCCGGGGGUGCCCCCCUUGUACAGCCUGCCCAAACUGGGCUCCAAGGUGCUGGGCAGCAGCGGCCCGCCCGGAGGGCCGCCGGUGCGCGAGCUGAGCGCCGUGCCGCCCGAGCUCACCGGGAGCCGCCAGUCCUUCCAGAAGGCCAUGGGCAACCCUUGCGAGUUCUUCGUGGACAUCAUGUGAGAGGAAGUGCCUUCAAAAGACUCUGCACAGGGUGGGGUGUUGUUUUUGGGGUUUUUUUUGGGGGGGGUGGGUUGUGGGAUGCUCAGUUGGAAGAGGCUUGGCUGUCUUGCAUGUCACGGCUUCCUGUUCGCGAGCGUGUCGCAGAAAAGAAAAAAAAAAAAAUCGACAAAACUGGACAAAAAAAUAGAAAAAAAAUACAAACCCCCUCCUACACACCUACAAAAAUGAACAAGAGAUUCUCCUGGGAUUGUUAAAUAUCAGCAAAUCGACGGCAUCUUUUCGUUAGGUUUGGUUUUUCUCCCCUGCCCAUCUCGUUUUGGAUUGUGAAUGGCUGGUGUGUGUUCACAUCUUAAUGAGCUUUGGUCAUUGUGGCACCUACUUCAGUGGAAUUAGUGUCUCUCUCUGGGCUGAUUGGAGGACUGGUAUUUCACAUGACUUCUAAAUUCCUGACAAUGCAUAGGAGCACUUUGAUUUUUUUUUUUUUUUGCCCUGCUUUUUCUCUUGCAAGGACAAAAGGACUGCUGGCUGGUAUCUGGGAUACUGCCUUGGAAUGCUGGUUCUUGGAUGCAUCCAUAGCUCUGAGCAGACAUGGCACCCACAAGUGCUUGGAAAUGAGCAGGAUCCAACCAAUUCCUAGAGGAAAACAAAGUUGUGGCUACUUUCUGCUGACUAGGCAGUAUAAAUCAAUCUUUCUUGGGUUCUUCUUAAGGGUUUUUUUAAAGAUAUUCUAUCAAGGGAGUGCUGGAGUCUUGCUACUGUAUGUGUUCAUUGUGCAGAACUUGUAAAGUUGUUUCCUUCAGUUAUUUCCUUAUUUCCCAAGAAUGAUUUUCCAGCUGCACUCGGUUCCUGGGCAUUUCAGUCACAUCCCUGCUGCCAGGUGUGGCUGUUCCCUCUGCACGUGCACUUGCUUGCAGGUUGGAAGAGUUAUUCCCACAGAAAUAGGAAAAUUGCUGCAGUUCUGUCAGCUUUGCCCUUUUGAAGGGGCUGUUUAUCCCAUUCCAGCAGAGAAAUCCUGGCUCCCACUGGGACGUGGCUCUUCUUUGUGAUCCCUCCUUCCUUUCUGAGCAAAAUCUUUCUCUUUUUUGUUAAAACAGAGACCUGGAGAUGUCUGAUCUCCCAGAGCACAGUGGGCACAGAGGUGUGAGAGUGUCUGAGAACAGACCAGAAAUGGUACAAAAAGAAAUCCUUACCCCACCCUGGAGCUCCCCAAAAAGAAAUCCUUACUCUGACUCUGAGUUAAACUCACUCUGGAGCUCCCCAAAAAGAAAUCCUUAUCAUGGCACUGAGUGAGACCCACCCUGGAGCUCCCCAAAAAUAAAUCCUUCCCCUUGACAGCAAGUUACACCAACCCUGGAGCUCUUCAAAACUAAAUCCUUACCCUGACACUGAGUGAGACCCACCCUGGAGCUCCCCAAAAAGAAAUCCUUACCCUGACUCCUCCUCCUGCUGAGGAGCUCUGCUGUUGGAUAUCCCCAAGAUUUCAUUUCUGGCUAUUUUCUGCUCCGAGGCUGUAGAAAGUAAACUCAGGCAGCUUCAGGGCUGUUUAAGAAGAUUUUUUAAGGCAUGCUGAGCACAGCCAUGCUCUCAUGUGGCUCAUUUAAUGAGACAGCCUCUCUGGAUUUGACCAUGGGGCCAUUCCUCUGUUAAAUUCUCUUUUAUGGGAUCCCUGCUGCUGGCAGGAUUUAGGGCAGGUGCUUUAAAAUCAAUUUUUACUGUAAAUAAGCAUUUUCUCCUCUGGUAAGAAGCUGCUUUUUGAGCUGUUCUGUGCUUUUUGGGUAAAUAUCCAAGGUGGAUGUGAAGAGAGAACAUCUUUGUCUCUGUACACACACAGCUCAUCCUGAAAACUGACCCUUCAAAAUGUCUUUUUAAUUCUGAUUUUUCACAUCUUUCCUUUUUCCCACCUCCCUUUGUCAGAGACUUUGGAUGUUUGUGGGAAUGGGAAACUCAAUUUCUCCUUCCACAGGGAGCCAGGAAUUCGGGGAACUCUCACUUAGCCCAUUUCUGGGCUUCUAAAUUAAUUUCCUUUACAAAAACCUCCCCCCAGAAAAGCUGCCCAAGGCUUCUGAAAGCAGAGCUUUCAUCACCACCCAGGGAUGGCUCCUCCAAAAGAGGCCCUGCCUAAAGCUUGACAGGACUUUUCUUGCCCUUCCCUCCUCCUCCCAGAUGCAAACCUGACUUGGUAAAUUAUUCUGAAAGAUUGACACUUAAAUCAGGGUAAAAGAGUGGUGGAAAUCUGCUCUGUCUCCAGGAGACACUGCUGAGCAGUCUGACAAUCACUAGUGGUUCUACUUUUAAAUUAAUUGAGAUUUUUUUUUCCUGGCAUUUUAUAAAUUAUGAUUUCUCUAAGGCAGAACUCAGAGAGCUGGAGGAAAAAAAAAAAUCUUUUAAUAUUUCCAAAAAAGGGAUUAAAGCUGGGGGCUGAGCUUUUCACCCAUGUUUCAUUUCCAAGAGCUGCAGUUUACACACCUGCUGGGGGUUUGCUUUUGUCUCGUGGUUUUGCUGUUGGCAGAAACUGUUCUGUGUCUUGCUGGUCUUUGCUGCUAUGUUGAAAAAUGACUUUUUUUUCCUAAAUGUGCGUGCUCGUGGGUCACCCUGGGACGAGGCUGUGAGUCCCCAGCAGAUGUGGGAAUGGUUUGCUGAGGAAAUCAGGCUGGAGGAGCUUCCCCCACUGCAGGGAAGGUGCUCUGGGUGUUCCACAGGUGGAGCCUCUUGGACAGUGCAAUAUGGAACAGUGACACACAAAUCUGCAUUUUCCCCCGUGCUGGGCUGAAGGGCAGGUCUGAAUCGUUGCCAGCUCUGAUUCCUCAAAGGAACAAAAAUGAGAUUUCCCAAAUAUUGAACAGUGACACACAAAUCUGCAUUUUUCCCCUUUGCUGGGCUGAAGGGCAGGUCUGAAUCGUUGCCAGCUCUGAUUCCUCAAAGGAACAAAAAUGAGAUUUCCCAAAUCUCAAAUACUGAAUAAUGACACAGAAACCUGCACUUUUCCCUAUGCAGAGGCUGGGCUGAAGGGCAGGUCUGAAUCGUUGCCAGCUCUGAUUCCUCAAAGGAACAAAAAUGAGAUUUCCCAAAUCUCAAAUACUGAAUAAUGACACAGAAACCUGCACUUUCUCCCUGUGCAGAGGCUGGGCUGAAGGGCAGGUCUGAAAAUGAGAUUUCCCAAAUGCCACCCUUGGCUCCCAUGCUCUGUGUCUUUGCAGCUCUGUCCUGCUGGGCACAGCAUUCCCUGCAGGAACCUGUGCCAGCCAUGCCAGGGGAGCUGCCCACAGUGGGAAUUGUGCCAGGGGGAAGAAAAUUUGGAGGCUGGAGUGCUGCAGACCCAGCAUUUCUUACCCACCAGAGCCUGGAAUUGAAUUUUGCUGUGCAGGGCGUGGGAGCACCCUCAGAACAGGAGCCUGAAGGAAUUGGACUAAAGCAAUAUUUCAAUUACUUUUUUCCAAAUAAAUAAUUUUUAUUCUGCAGCUGAGCUCACGCUCACCCAUCCCUGCAGCAGGGAUGUCUGGGGGCUCCUGGGAAGAGGGGAGGAAACACUUUGGGGUGACUUCUCCCACCCCAAGAGGCAGGAUCUGCAGAGAGGUGUCUCCACCCAGUAAAUUUUUUUUUGGCAAAUAGUCUUAAAAGCAUUCUGGUGUCAUUUAGCUCCUGUUAAUUAAUCUGCUUUUCCGAGGAAUCAGUGCCCUGGACACUUUAUCCAAAGGUUUUAGUGGAUGGCAAGCAAUGAUGCACAGAUGUUGACUUUUGCCAGGAUUUUUGUUCUCUCUGAUUUUUGUUCUCUCCCCUCCUGAGACUUGACGGCUCAUGGGUUGAUGUAAUUGUAUUUUUUUUUUAAUUUUUAUUUUGUUUUUGUUUUUGUUUUGCAUUUAACUGGAUUGUAAUAAGAUUGACUUAAAAUUAUUAAUUCUAAUCAGUGAUUAGAAAUACAUGUAAAGAAUUUUAUGUACAGUAGAGGAACAAAGUUACAUGAUUUUAAAUAAUGAAAACCCAGACUAUCACCUAUCCUAGAACUGGUUCUACUCCAAGAGUGACCUCUUAUUAGCAUGGACUGCACUGUUCCUGUUAAAUGUCUAUUGCAUAAUUGAAUUCUUUUUUGUAGAUAUUGUAUUAAAACCCAAGUGUCUGUAUAGUUAAUAUAUAGCUGCUUAUGUGUAAAUGCUAUUUUAAACACUAAAAAGCUUUUAAUUUUAUGUGAUAA